AUUAUCAUUAUAUUGUAAGAUUUAUUCGACUCAUAGGUUCAAGGAACAAGCAUCUAUGGAAUGAAAUAAGUUACAAUCUGAUGAUGACAGUAAUGGCGUUCCAUCCGUGAACUACAUAACCAAUAUGUAGGUGUCAGUUGACUUAUUUUAAGCAAUUUCUUGGGUGAAGAAUACUAAACAGCUUAACAGUUUCUUAGUCCAGAAUGUAUAAGCCACUCCCUAGAUGCCCCGAUGGGAUGCUUCUCCCGCCUUUUGAUGGUUAUUUAAGGGACGCAACACAGCGAUUAAAGGAUAUACAGCAUUUACAAACCAGAGAAGAGGAUAUACUUGUCAGUUCCUAUCCUAAAUCAGGAAGUCAUUGGCUGCAUGAAAUUCUGUGUAGAUUACUCAAUAAUCACGAAGCGAAAUUCCCUCGAAUGGAACUCACUUUUCUUGACCUAAUACCCAAUUUAUCUCGUAUGGAUUCUUUACCAUCCCCACGAAUUCUUUACACGCACCUGCCCGUUCAUUUUCUGCCAGAGGAUCAUAUCAAAAACGGUAGGAAGAUAGUCCACAUUAUCCGCGAUCCCAGGGACAUAGCUGUAUCGGCCUACUACCACUUUUUGAAUGAACCAUUUUUCAGGGACUACAUGUACAUGACCACAGACUGGAACGAGCAUCUUUCCAAUUUUAUGUCAGGCAAUUUCAUAUACGGGGAAUGGUGCCAGUAUGAACUUCAAUGGGAGAAAUUCUGCAAGUCCGGCAACGUUUUAGUACUGCGAUAUGAAGAGAUGAAGGCUGAUGAAGUAGAGUGUGUAAGAAAGAUUGCUGAAUAUUUGAGCAUACCAUGUGACAAGGAAACUGCUUCUCGAAUUGCAUCUGAAUGCAACAUUUUUAAAGUCAGAGAGCGCAAGAAAUCAAAAAGAUUUGGAUACAUGUACAGGAAAGGAGAAGUAGGUGAUUGGAAAAACCAUUUCUCCUCUACACAACAAGAAAAAUUCAGUUUGCUUUUUAAAGAGAGGUUGAGGGAUUCAAGUUUAAGUACUUACUUUCAGGCAAUGAAAUCAAAAAUCUAAUAUUAAAUAUUGCUUGUAUUUGUUUUCGACCAACCUUACAAACUUAAAUCAGUUAUGACAAUCAAUAAAAACUGACCCUCUACUCACUCCAUUGAUUUUAAUCUUGUAGACAGUGACACUGUCCAUAAUAUAUGUAACAGUAGAAUAUUGCUCCAAGUAAAAGUGGACCAAUUGAUGUCCUUUAGCACCGCCUCUUGCUACUUCUUGCUAUUUUUAUCUUUGUACAUGUAUAUGUUAUCAUUUAUCUACUGAUUUUUAACUUGUUUCUUUGCCACUAUCCUUGUCAAUUUAGAUGUGCCUGAACAAGUUUUUUUUUAGCAUAAUAUGACUCUAUCUCUUAUGAUCAGGGGAUCUGUGUACUUAAAACUACACACCACUGAUGUAACUUAAAUUCUACUCAUUACAUUCACUAUGUUGCAUUUAAAUGUUAAUAUGUAAAAAAAAAAAAAAUUAUGAUUAGUUUACUAACCUUUUACACAUUUUUUUCCUUUCAACUUGUGUGUAUAGUUAUCAGAAUAGAUUAUACAAACUGAACAAUGAGUUGUUUCUCUAAGUUACUUUAUAUAAAGUCAUCAUAUCAUUAUAUUACUAUCAAACUUAACAAUGAGCUAAUUAGUUACAUGUAAAUUGUAUUGAUGUGUGUUAUACAUGCAAGUAUUUACUUGUAAUCAUAAUUGUUAUAUGCCAUGCCUCUCGAGGCCCUAAUUUGGAAAUAAAUUCUAUUCUAUUCUAUAA